AGGGCUCAGGGGACCUCUUACCGGCCCAGGGAUCCAAGGCAUUCAGUGCAAAACCUGGCCAGCAGCCCCAGUGAGAGUGAGUAGGAGCCAUGUGACUCUGGUGAGUUGGAGUGUGCAAUUGCCUCCUGCUUCAGAGCUACCUGAUCCGAAUACUAAGCAGAGCGAGUGCCGGGCUGAGAGUGUAAGACACUGAAGACACUGCAGAGCAAGGUGCUUAUUCCAGAGGCAUUACAAAACAUGGAGAUUAAAGACCAGGGAGCACAAAUGGAGCCGCUGCUUCCUACGGGGGCAGAUUCAAGAGCAAUUCUUUCAGAACUGGAGAAGAAGAGAAAUGAUGAAGAAGCAGUUGUGGAUAGAGGUGGAACUCGUUCUAUUCUCAAAACACAUUUUGAGAAAGAAGACUUAGAAGGUCAUCGAACACUAUUUAUUGGAGUUCAUGUGCCUCUGGGAGGAAGAAAAAGCCAUCGACGUCACAGGCAUCGUGGUCAUAAACACAGAAAGAGAGACAGAGAGAGAGAUUCUGGCUUAGAGGAUGGAAGAGAGUCACCUUCUUUUGACACUCCAUCACAGCGGGUACAGUUUAUUCUUGGAACCGAAGACGAUGACGAGGAACACAUUCCUCAUGACCUUUUCACAGAACUGGAUGAGAUUUGCUGGCGUGAAGGUGAGGAUGCUGAAUGGCGAGAAACAGCCAGGUGGUUGAAGUUUGAAGAAGAUGUGGAAGAUGGUGGGGAGAGGUGGAGCAAGCCAUAUGUGGCUACUCUUUCAUUGCACAGCUUGUUUGAGUUGAGAAGUUGUAUUCUGAAUGGAACUGUGUUGCUGGACAUGCACGCUAAUACUUUAGAAGAAAUUGCAGAUAUGGUCCUUGACCAACAGGUGAGCUCAGGUCAGUUGAAUGAAGAUGUACGUCACAGGGUCCAUGAGGCACUGAUGAAACAGCAUCACCAUCAGAAUCAGAAGAAACUCACCAACCGUAUACCCAUUGUUCGAUCAUUUGCUGACAUUGGCAAGAAACAGUCAGAACCAAAUUCUAUGGACAAAAAUGCAGGUCAAGUUGUUUCUCCUCAGUCUGCUCCAGCCUGUAUUGAAAAUAAAAAUGAUGUCAGCAGAGAAAACAGUACUGUUGACUUUAGCAAGGGACUGGGAGGCCAACAAAAGGGGCAUACUAGUCCAUGUGGGAUGAAACAAAGGCAUGAAAAAGGACCUCCACACCAGCAAGAGAGAGAGGUUGAUCUGCAUUUCAUGAAGAAGAUUCCUCCAGGUGCUGAAGCUUCAAACAUCUUAGUUGGAGAACUGGAGUUCCUAGAUAGAACUGUAGUUGCGUUUGUCAGGUUAUCACCAGCUGUUCUACUUCAGGGACUGGCUGAAGUCCCGAUCCCAACCAGAUUUUUGUUCAUUCUUCUGGGACCCCUGGGAAAAGGUCAACAGUACCAUGAGAUUGGAAGAUCAAUUGCAACCCUAAUGACAGAUGAGGUAUUUCAUGAUGUUGCUUACAAAGCUAAAGAUCGCAAUGACUUGGUAUCAGGAAUUGAUGAAUUUCUGGAUCAAGUUACUGUCCUCCCUCCUGGAGAAUGGGACCCAAGCAUUCGAAUAGAACCUCCCAAAAAUGUUCCUUCUCAGGAGAAGAGGAAGAUUCCUGCUGUACCAAAUGGAACAGCAGCUCAUGGGGAAACCGAGCAGCACGGAGGACAUAGUGGACCUGAACUCCAGCGAACUGGAAGGUUGGUGGAAACUACUUCCAUUGGAUUCAAGGACCAAAUAACAUGUCGUUUUUGUCUGGCAGGACUUACUAUUUUGAGGAUUUUUGGGGGACUUAUUUUAGAUAUCAAAAGAAAAGCUCCGUUCUUCUGGAGUGACUUCAGAGAUGCUUUCAGCCUGCAGUGUUUAGCAUCUUUUCUAUUUCUCUACUGCGCGUGUAUGUCUCCUGUCAUCACGUUUGGAGGACUGCUGGGAGAAGCAACUGAAGGUCGUAUAAGUGCAAUCGAAUCUCUCUUUGGAGCAUCCAUGACUGGGAUAGCUUAUUCUCUCUUUGGUGGACAGCCUCUUACCAUCUUAGGCAGUACAGGACCAGUUUUGGUGUUUGAAAAAAUACUGUUUAAAUUUUGCAAAGAAUAUGGGCUGUCGUACCUAUCUUUAAGAGCUAGCAUUGGACUUUGGACUGCAACACUUUGUAUCAUACUUGUGGCCACUGAUGCAAGUUCCCUUGUCUGCUAUAUCACCCGGUUUACAGAAGAAGCUUUUGCUUCUCUUAUUUGCAUCAUUUUUAUUUAUGAGGCCUUGGAGAAGCUGUUUGAACUCAGUGAAGCAUAUCCCAUCAACAUGCAUAAUGAUUUGGAACUGCUGACACAAUACUCAUGUAACUGUGUGGAGCCACAUAAUCCCAGCAAUGAUACCCUGAAGGAAUGGAGGGAAUCCAAUAUUUCUGUCUCGGACAUAAUUUGGGAGAACCUAACUGUAUCGGAAUGCAAAUCACUGCAUGGAGAAUAUGUUGGACGAGCCUGUGGCCAUGAACACCCCUAUGUCCCAGAUGUUCUGUUCUGGUCGGUGAUCUUGUUCUUUUCCACAGUUACAAUGUCAGCCACUCUAAAGCAGUUCAAGACUAGCCGAUAUUUUCCAACCAAGGUUCGAUCCAUAGUGAGUGACUUUGCUGUCUUUCUUACAAUUCUGUGUAUGGUUUUAAUUGACUAUGCCAUCGGGAUCCCAUCUCCAAAAUUACAAGUGCCAAGUGUGUUCAAGCCUACCAGAGAUGAUCGUGGCUGGUUUGUUACACCUUUAGGCCCAAAUCCUUGGUGGACAAUAAUAGCUGCUAUCAUUCCAGCUUUGCUUUGUACUAUUCUAAUAUUUAUGGACCAACAGAUUACCGCUGUCAUCAUCAACAGGAAGGAACAUAAGCUCAAGAAAGGUUGUGGGUACCAUCUGGACCUGUUAAUGGUCGCUGUCAUGCUCGGCGUGUGCUCCAUCAUGGGCCUGCCAUGGUUUGUGGCUGCUACGGUCCUCUCCAUCACUCAUGUCAACAGUCUGAAACUGGAAUCAGAGUGUUCAGCUCCAGGAGAACAACCCAAAUUUCUUGGCAUUCGGGAACAAAGGGUUACCGGGCUCAUGAUUUUUAUUCUUAUGGGUUCAUCAGUCUUUAUGACUAGUAUUCUGAAGUUUAUUCCCAUGCCAGUGCUAUAUGGAGUGUUUCUUUACAUGGGUGCUUCAUCUCUAAAGGGAAUUCAGUUAUUUGAUAGAAUAAAACUCUUCUGGAUGCCUGCAAAACAUCAACCAGAUUUCAUAUAUCUAAGGCAUGUACCACUCCGAAAAGUUCACCUCUUCACAGUAAUUCAGAUGAGCUGCCUUGGCCUUUUGUGGAUAAUAAAAGUUUCAAGAGCUGCUAUUGUCUUUCCUAUGAUGGUGUUAGCACUGGUAUUUGUAAGAAAGUUGAUGGACUUCUUAUUUACCAAACGGGAACUCAGCUGGUUGGAUGAUUUAAUGCCUGAAAGUAAGAAAAAGAAACUAGAAGAUGCUGAAAAAGAAGAAGAACAAAGUAUGCUAGCUAUGGAGGAUGAGGGUACUGUACAACUCCCAAUGGAAGGGCACUACAGAGAUGAUCCAUCAGUCAUCAAUAUUUCUGAUGAAAUGUCAAAGACUGCCUUGUGGAGGAACCUUCUGAUUACUUCUGAUAACUCUAAGGAUAAGGAGUCCAGCUUUCCUUCUAAAAGCUCCCCUUCCUAAUCACUCUAGAAGCUGAUUCCCCAAAGCACUGAAAGCCGAAAAGAGAAGAAAGCUGACUCAGGGAAAGGUGUUGACAGGGAAACUUGUCUAUGACUUGAUCUUCAAUUUAUUUUUUACAUAUAUAUAAGAAGAGUGUCAUAAUUAUUAAUAAAACUGCUUUGAUCAUGUAUUGUAAAUUUGGUCUCUCUACCCAAAUCUACCUUCAUAAUGUAAGUAGUGCAAUACUUGCUGCAUUUCUGUGUAUAACCUUCUAAACAGUGAGCCUCCCUUGUGAGCAGAUAAAAGAGCUGAUGUAAGAAUCCAUGUGCUCCUUGCUGUAAGUUAGACAUUUGUAAACACUGGAUUCUCAUUGUCAGCUUUAUGAGAGCAAUAGCUUUCUUAAAGAGAUAAGUCAUAUUUACCUAGUUUAUAUUUUCCUACUUUAGUAUCAUGAAAGGCCUGAAAAUUUCACUCAGAAGAAUUUUGAAAGGUAGUCUUACUCCUUUUUAUUUUUAUAGCUUAGUAUUUGUGUCUUAUUUCAUAACAUCCAAAUCAAAAAGUUAGUUUGAAAGCUUUUUUAAUAAUUAUAUUUAUGCAUUUCCUUGAUUUAAUGAUAUAUUUAAUACUUAAGAAUUUAUAUAAAACUGAAGCGUAAAGUCAUGUGAAGAAAUAUAGAAAUUUGUUCACAACUUGUUAAAAAGAAUCAGACACUAAUACAGUGAGUCAAAUAACAUUUGUUUAAAAUUCAAGUUGUGACUACAUGAUCCAAUUCUAGGCUUAUAUGAAAUUCAGUAGAAAAUCUUUAUAAGUUUUAUGGGAUUUUCAAUUAAAAUCUUUAUCAGAAACAGGUUGUUAAAUUUCUCUCCCAUUGACAACAGAUAUUUUUCAAAUAAACCUGGAAUACCCAUGGUAAAUCAUUGUAUGAAAUUCCACACUGUACAGUAACUCUGUUGCUAAUGGUAAUACACUACUUAAUGCUGGUCCUUAAUCAUGUUAUAAUGUUGACCAAUGUGUCUCCAACUGUAACUUUUUUGCAAGACUCCUUUCCACUUUUUAAUUAAAUGCAUGCUGUGGAAAAAUUUCAGACUCUGUUUGAGAAGGUUCUGUAGAUAUUUCAGUCCAUAUUAAAUAAUCCAUCUUUACCAAGUGUAUGCAAGACAAAGGAAAGUUAAAGAUUUUUGAGCAUUAUCAAAAGUAUAACAUUUAAUUGCAUUUUAGAUGAAUGUGAAGUUAAAAACUAAAUUUGAUGGUAAUUCAUAGUGGAACAUUCUUGGCUCCUAAGAAGAAUGAAUGAUCAAAAACUUUAUGGCACUUCAGUGUCCAAAGCCAUGUGGCCUUUACCAACCAUUACAUACUCUGUGUAUAAAUGCACAUGAAAAGUGGGGAAGAAUCCUUUUUGUGAUUAAGCUAAUGAGAGGAGAAAAACCAACAAAGCCUCCAUUAGUGUCAACAUUUUGGUACCUUUAAAAAAUGUUUCCUCAUAAUCCUUGAUGCAAUUAUUUUUAUGGAAAAUGGGUUAAAGAUUUAUGGGAAGAAGAAUUUGCAGUUAAUAAAGUUUGUAUUUAUAAAUACUGAAGAAAAAUACAGAAACUUUCUGUUCCAAAUAUGUUGCCUUUGUGUAUUUUAUAAUACUGAUAUUAUACUGUAAACAUUUCUGUUAUUUUCUGAUUUAGCUAGUCAAUUCCAAAAGCAGUUCCUUAGUAUUUUAAUAUAUUAAUAACUUCUGUUAAAAAUGAUUAUAGUGAAUUACAACCUUCAUGGGAUCAUUGAUUUGAAUACAUAAUCAUAGCCACUGAAAUUCUGUAUUUCUGAGUAUUUUUAUAGUCAUUUUGUUCAUGUGUGAAUUUUAAUGCUAUUCCUAUGUUAAUCAUAAUAUUUUGAAAUCAUUUAAAAUAUAAAAAUGUAGUGUUAUAUAUGUAUAUGUAUAUUUACUCCUAAUUUUAGAUUCCUGGUCAAAAUUACUGAGUAUCUUGAAUGUAAUUUAUUGCAAAGUUUAAGUAAUGUGUAAAAGUGACUAGGAUAUUGUGUUUUUCAUGACUAAGAAAUGUUAUGUGAAAAUAAAUAUUUAUCCUAA